CCUGACGCGCCGCGAGUUUCCGGGAUUCUUCCGCGCCGCCGCCGCGCGCGGGUCAUGGAGAGGAAGUGAAGGCGCGAGCGCGCAGUGCAGGUGGAGCGCCACGCGCUUAUUGUCUUGUGUGCACAGGAAGGCUGAAUCCCGCUGUUUACCGCCGCACGCUUUCUUUUUGCCAUGUCUGGAGUGAUCCGAGGCCCAGCUGGUAGCAACGACUGCCGGAUUUAUGUAGGAAACCUUCCUCCUGAUAUCCGCACUAAAGACGUCGAGGACGUGUUCUACAAGUACGGAGCGAUCCGAGAUAUCGAUCUGAAAAACCGACGAGGUGGCCCUCCGUUUGCCUUUGUCGAGUUUGAAGACCCCAGGGACGCCGAGGACGCGGUGUAUGCUCGGGACGGCUAUGACUACGACGGCUACCGGCUCCGGGUGGAGUUUCCCAGAAGUGGACGCGGUAUGGGGAGAGGAGGCUUCGGUGGAGCUCCCAGAGGCAGAUACGGACCUCCAUCCAGGCGAUCUGAAUACAGAGUCAUUGUUUCAGGGUUACCACCCAGCGGCAGUUGGCAAGAUCUGAAGGAUCACAUGCGUGAAGCAGGUGAUGUAUGUUAUGCUGACGUUUUCCGAGAUGGGACCGGUGUGGUGGAGUUUGUGCGCAAAGAAGACAUGACCUACGCUGUUCGAAAACUGGAUAACACUAAAUUCCGGUCACAUGAGGGGGAAACCGCAUAUAUCCGUGUGAAAGUGGAUGGUCCACGCAGUCCAAGUUACGGAAGAUCAAGGUCCCGGAGCCGCAGUCGCAGCAGAAGUCGCAGUCGCAGCAACGAGCGUAGCCGCAGCUACUCGCCGCGCCGUGGCCGAAGCUCCCCACAGUACUCCCCCCGGCACAGCCGCUCUCGCUCUCGUUCCUAAGCCGUCCACUCGCCACCGCUGUGGUGUUUUGGGUUUGAGAUUCCCUUCCCCUGUUUUUUGGUGAAGCUGUUGAGUCAGUCUGUUGGUUUUUACCCCCCUCCCUCCUCCUUUUUUAAAUAUUAGUUUUAGUUUUUUUUCCCCUCCGUGUCUUCGUUAUGACCUUUGUUUUCUGAUUGCCCCUGCCCCCGUCCUCCACCCCUCUUCUUAACCAUCAACACCCAUCUAAUUUUUAACAAUGCUUUUUAAAGGACUAAGUUGACUCCCUCACAUUCUCGCCUUUCUUUUGUCCUCUUUCGAAUACAAGAUGGAACUCUCAUUGACCAAACAAAGAGUUGUUCAAUGCCUCUGAAUAUUUUUGUAAAUGCCAUCUACUGUCUUUCAUGAGAGUGAGCUCACAUGUAUUUUACCCUUUUGUCUUCCUGUAGUCGCUUGACAAGAAGAAUGAACUGAUACUUUGUAAUAAAGAAUUGCCGAAUCA